GUCUACUGUCUUCGGGUGUCUACUAUAUUCGGGCUACCAAGUACCGACGCUGUGCCAACUCGGCGUGCUGUGUGGAACCCAGCAGCAAGCAGCAGCAGCAGCCAGAGAAGCUACAGCAACCGGACUCGACAGACCUGGUCGAAGGUUCGUUCAGUCUACUCCGCGCAACCAAACGGUCCAGACCUACCUACUACUACCUAUCUACCUACCUACCUAUACUUACCAAUACAACACUCUGUCUCUGAGAACACUUCCUCAGCGGACCUUACACUCACACACCCACAGUCACCUUAUCCAACAUCAUCUUGUACAUUUAACAAAUCCUUCCAAUUCAAACUGCAAUUGUGAUCGUAAAUCCAUCCAUUACCGGAUCAUCAUCGGACAUCAAGAGUUUUAUAUUUAACAAAACGCGACCUGGAUAAACCAACAGUUACACCACUUGGACUAAAUAAUUACCCAGGUAGCCGCAAUUGUCUUGUGUGUUGUACUGGAUCCUUGAAGUAGUGAAAUCUUACUGUAUACAUAAGAGUGAGAUCACUUCGGCACAACAACGUGUGAGACAACUCGAUAAAAAAAAAAAAAAAAAAAAAAAAAAAAAAAAAGAACUUGGUCGUUUAAGAUUGAGAAGGAGUUUUGUACACCCAAGAGAGUUUCAACGAUCGUAUUUACGUUUAGAGAGAAAAGGAUAUCCAUAUCCAUAAGAUAUAUAUCUGCUGUUUGGAGAGAGGGAUAUUCCCCAGGCAUAAUACCCGCGUGAAUAAGAAGAGUGGUGUUGUAUAUAUCUAUAUAUAUAUAUAUUUGUGUAUAUAUAUAUAUAUAGAGAGAGAGAGACUUGUGCUGAGAAGACGAGGAGGAGAGUCGCAAGAGUAUAUUGAGUCUAUAAGAACCGAGGGAGCGGUGGGAAUUUAUAAGGAUGUUCGCGAUAAUGCCGAUGGAGACAGAGGGGCACGGCAGGGAGUUCGGCCGCCGGCAGAAGAUGCGCGCCAAGUGCACCGUCGAGUUCGUCUGCAAGUACUGCCAGCGGCGUUUCACAAAACCCUACAACCUCAUGAUACACGAGCGCAGUCAUAAGGACGACGUGACCUUCACCUGCGAGGUCUGCGGAAAGUCCUUCAAACGCCAGGACAACCUUAAACAACACAGGAGCAUACAUUCCGUUUCCUACAAGGGCUCCAACGGCUACUCAAACGGCUAUUCGAAUGGCUACUCUAGGUACUAGACGCCAUCCACAUCCGAGAUCCUCUAUAAAUUUUUUUUUAUUUAUUUUUUUUUUUUUAUUAUUAUUUUUAUAAUUAUCUGUAGAUUAUUGUAUUUGCAAUCCAAUCCUUAACCCCUAUCAUAAACCCUAACCUAGUGCGAAACCCGAGAGGAGAUGCCAGACGGACGAUCUACAAGUUAUACAAGACGAUAUGUGACAACGCGACCGAGAUAUAAGAGGGACACUGACCGAGAAGACUGGAUGACAUUACCUCACUUAAUCCUUUUAAAACACGACCACCAUGAUUUUUGGUUAUUUAGAGUCCCAAUUUUUUUGGGCCUUAUUCAAAAAUUUGGUUCUUAUGUAAUAAAAUCAAGUUUUUGGGAUUAAAUGCCAGCCUCGGUUGAUAAAUUUUGAUUUUAAGUCCCAAUUGUAUUGGGGCCUUAUUUUCAUAAUGGGCCUUAUACUGGAAAAUCGGGACUUUUAAUUAAAAUUUGUAAAAAGAAAAUAUGGUAUCAGUGAUAGGUAUCAAGGGGUCAUAAUUACUGGUCCUUGGAUAUCAUUUGGGCCGUAAGUCCUAAGUGCUGGGCAUUAGUGUUUAAACUCAUGUUUAAUAUUGAGGUAUUAGAAUCUAAAUUUAUCACCGGGGCAAAAAGUUUCCAAAUAUUAGUCAUCAAAUCGUAAAUACUAGGCAUUGAGUCCCAACAAUAGGGCCCCACUGGAAUUUGGGCUUCCAAUAACCAAAUUCGUGGUUUGUUAUUUCCAAAUCCCUCAAUUCAAAUCCCAUAACAUUAAAUAGACCAACGAGAUAUAAAUUAACAACAACAAUAACAACAAUUAUCACGACGACGAGAAAUAAUAAAAUGGGCCAGAUGAAAUACACGUGGGUCCUCUCAUAUUAUCGGGGCAACACCAACAACGCGGAUUCAUCCGCAGGCAGAUGUCUUAAAUUGGACUACGUAAUAACUGACCGUCCAGCAGACAAGAGGCUACUCCAGCUACCAAAGUGUAGCAGCAAUGAACGGCUACUGUGGACCACGCCCAAACCCCUCAGGCGACAUACAAGGCCCUCAUCGAGCUUGUGGGCCUCUAUAGUCACUCCACUGGGUAACUUUUUUCAUCAUACAAAUCAACAGGAUUGUUUAUUUUAUUAAAAUUAUUUUAUUUUGUAAAUAUAUUAUUUAUUUAUAUAAGGCCCAAUAUUGAGGGCUGUAUAUUUUUGGCCUUACUUUAUUAAAAAAUUUAAAUAUUAUCAUAAAACAAUGUAAAAAUUAUUGUACACAUAAGACUCAAUUUAAUUUUUUGGGCCUUAUGUCAUAGUUACAUUACUUUGGGACCUCACAUUUAUUAAUGUACACUUUUAAAUUCACCAAUGAAGUACAUUCUCAGCAUAAGGCUCAUUUCCUGGGCACCCGUAACGACUGAUCCGCGUAUCAAAGUAGUUCGUUCUUAUAAGGCCCAAUUCUUUUUUGGGCUUUACAUUAUUUUUCUGAAAUUUUUUACCGAAAUAUCAUUAUUUAAAUCUAUCAAGAAUUAGAUCUCCAUAAGUCCCAUUAAAAAAAUUGGGCCUCAUUUCAUUUUUGGGCCUUAUACAUUUUUUAGUCCUUAUUCAUAAAAACAUCGAAAGAUCGUCGUAUUAAAAUUAAUUAUACCCAUAAGUCCCAUUAUUUUUGUUGGGCCUUAUAUAAAAUCUAACUGUAAAAAUUAACGAUGACAUUUUAAAAGUUCUAUAAUAAAAAAUAGACGACCUUGGGUGGUCAGCAUUAAUUCAACAUGGUGGUCCCAAAGUAAUAUAUAACAUCACUCAACAUAGCCUAUAAUGCGGGACCUAUAUAUAUAUAUAUAUAUAUAUAUAUAUAUAUAUAUAUAUAUAUAUAUAAUAAGUUUCCACCGGGUAAACAACAAGUCCGUUGUCAAUUCAAUUUCACAUACUGUCCAUUUAUCCAUCGAAUCGUAAUCGAUCGUUCCGAAUGUCUCUAAUGAUUUACUGCAUUUUUAUUUGCUUACCAACUCGAUCUUUGUCGUCUCCAAUAUAUUAUACAUAAAAAAUCAGUCUUCACAUUAAACACAUUGUUACAUUGUUCUGAAAAAUUGUCAAUAAUUAUAACAACCAAAUCAAGUUUAUUGUUAAUUAUUUAUUUAUUAAUACGUUGGCACUAAAAGUCUAGAAAAAAAAAAAAUAAUUCGAGGUCAGGCACGUCUUCUAUUUAAUAUCCAUAUAUUAAACAUUAGUAAGAUAUAUAAUUAAAUUAAAAAAAAAAAAAAAACUAAAAAAAAAAAUAAUUAGUGUUGUGGCAACUCGAGUAAUCGAGUUCUAGCACUUCAGCCUAAUUUUGAAUAAAAAAAAAAUCCUCCAAUCGGGCAAGCAUUUAUAAUUUUUAUUUAUAUAAAUAUUAUAAAAAAAAAGAGACUGCAGUCGCGCUUUGUAAAUAGCUUUAUUGUGUUUUUAAUAUUAUUAUAUUAUUUUAUUAUUAUCAUAUAUUAUAUUAUAUUAUAUAAAUAUCUAUAUAGAUAGUCAAGGCAAUAGUGCCAGUUUUAUUAAUUAAUUAAUAUUAAUUUUGUCCAAGAGCCUGAGUAUUAUACCCACCACCCUGUUGUACCUAGUACUAGGAGUGAUAAUUAUUAUUAUUAUUAUUAUUAUUAAUUAUUAUUAUUUUUGCGUGUCUUAUAUACAGCUAAAAAAUGCAUAAUUUAUAACAAUGUAUACAUAUAUUAAUUGUAAGACGUGCAAUGGUGCUUUUGUUUAGUUGUAAUUUUUUUUUUUUAAAU